UAGGAAAUUACUGGGAAAAUUCGCCCUUCCUCAGAGAGGUUUCUUUUUGAUUUCUUAUCGUUAUGUUCUGUCGUCUAAUCUUUCUGAGAGAAUUUAGAAGUAGAAGAUUUUGUGAUUCAUUGUACUUUGUAAGGAUUGUGCACAGAAGGUGUUUGAUAGAAUGUCUAAACCGUUAUUAUACAGAAGACGUUCGAUCUCUUUCGGUCUGGUCCAAAUUCUAGAGAAGAAUACGUUUAGAGAAAUUGAGAAUCUGGAGUUGUUGCGUGGAAAAUCAUCUAGUAGAUCGCAAUGGGAGUUUGUUCAGGUGAGACACAAGUCUGGUGGAGGAUGGAGACCCAAGAAGAAAGUAUACCACAGAGUUCAUGAGCUCGAUAAAGCUAUAGAGUUGAAGAAGAAGCCAACUCUGAUACUUGAACUCAAAUCCAUUAUUCAAGCGCAGAAACAUGGAAGCAUUCUUCUAAGGGAUCUCGAGAAGCAUGUUGGUUUUGUUCACAAGUGGAAUUUAAUGGCUGCCAUCGACAAGUACCCUUCGAUAUUUUAUGUUGGAGGUGGAAACAGAGAACCUCCUUUUGUUAUGCUGACUGAGAAAGCUAAAGCGAUCGCAGCUGAGGAAGGUGAAGCCACAGAGUCAAUGGAACCUAUUCUGGUUAAGAAUCUCAGGAAGUUAUUGAUGAUGUCGGUUGAUUGUCGAGUGCCUUUAGAGAAGGUUGAGUUUAUUCAAUCUGCGAUGGGUUUGCCUCAAGAUUUUAAGAGUACAUUGAUCCCAAAGUACCCAGAAUUUUUCUCUUUGAAAGUUAUGAAUGGAAAAGUUCAUCUUGUUUUAGAGAACUGGGAUUCCUCACUGGCGAUCACUGCACGCGAAGACAGAUUAUCCCGUGAAGGAGUCCUUGAGCCAACUGAGAACAGAAAGAGGGUUAGGAUCACAAAGGAUGGUAAUUUCUUGGGACGAAACGCGUUUAAGAUCUCUUUUCCUCCUGGUUUUAGGCCGAACGCAAGUUAUCUAGAGGAAUUUGAGAAGUGGCAGAAAAUGGAAUUUCCAUCUCCGUACCUUAACGCGAGAAGAUUUGAUGCUGCAGAUCCUAAAGCUAGGAAACGAGUUGUAGCUGUGCUUCAUGAACUGCUCAGUUUAACAAUGGAGAAGAGAGUGACGUGCGCUCAAUUGGACUCGUUUCACUCCGAGUAUCUGCUUCCAUCAAGACUAAUACUUUGCUUGAUAAAGCAUCAAGGGAUCUUCUACAUUACUAACAAAGGAGCAAGGGGUACAGUCUUUCUCAAAGAAGCUUAUGCUGGGUCUAAUUUGAUCGAGAAAUGCCCGUUACUAUUGUUCCAUGAUAGAUUUGUUGCACUCUGUGGUCGGAGAGAAGUCAGUCUAGGUAAUGAAACGCAGUGUUCAAGUGUUAUCUCCUAAUCUUACAUCAAACCAGGGAUGUGUACCCCCCCAAGGCAUUUUUACCCAUUAAUUCUGUUCCAGCUAGCAAGGUUCAGUUUAUAAGGGCUCUGAACUUUAGAAGCAUUUCGCUCUACCAUUUCUUCUUACAGUCCAUUGUCUUCUCAUAUGAAGAAAAAAAGAGUACUACUUGUUAAGAUAUUAACUUUUCGCCAACCAAUAGAACCGUAAAUACUAUCCGUGUUGAUUGAGGAUGCUAACUUGACGAAAGCCAGAACGUGUCACAGCACCUAAUAUGGUACCAAGGGAGACGUGACAGGCAGAUUGACUAUGUACUGUGAAUGGGAUAUGAACUCUCUCGUCCAUGUGGAUGCAGCUGGAAAAAGGGGGUCCAGAACUCAUGUGGCUUGUGAAGGCAUCAUGGGAAAAGAGCCAAAGGGAAGGACAACUAAGUCGCACUCCACAAUUCCUCCCAUUUUAGACCUGAGUCGCAUUCAUGUUCAAAAACAAAAAGUAACUUCACACCAACUCCACUCAAUGUAAAGAGAGAAAAAAGAAAGAGAGAUGCCAUUUUUCUUUGGCAUUGGUAAAUCGGUAGGUCAUUGAUAUUCGCACGUUAAAGGAAAACCUAAAUGCUC